AACGCACAGCGGAGUUGCUGCCAGGGCUUCGGAAGGGAGUGCAAUGCGUCGCGCUCCCCCUCCUCGCCACGGCCAACGUGAGCCUCUCUUCAAGUACAAGCUCUUAAUUCGUAAGCUAGAAUUGCGUUUCUGCUCAGAGUCGGAUCGUAAGCAAGUUGCCCACUCAACACAGCUGACAGAGCUAUCAAAGUUCGCCCACAUUUUGCUAGCACCUGUCAACUCUAAGCAGCCUCCCUUCCUGUUCAACCUACCACUAAAGAGCAGACAUGGCCAUGACCGCGUGCGCCGUUAAGGCCUCGGCCCUGGCCGGGAGCCUCGCCUCCGUCUCCAGCUCCACCCAGAGCUCCUUCUGCCGCAGCUUCAAUGUUGUCCCGAAGGGCAAUGCACGUGUCACAAUGGCGGCCGCCAACCGGCCCGUUUGGCUGCCCGGCGCAAAGCCCCCGGCGCACCUUGACGGUAGCCUCCCUGCAGACCGCGGUUUCGACCCCUUGAAGCUAGCGGAGGACCCGAAGCUGAAGACCCGUAUGGCGGAGGCUGAGGUCUUCCACGGCCGCACGGCCAUGCUCGCUGUUGUCGGUGCUUGCGUCCCAGAGCUCCUGGGAAGAGGGGACUGGUACUCGGCUGCCCACACCAUGGUUGACGGUGGAGGCAACAGCUUCAUCCUCUCCCUCCCCCCCUUCGCAGUGCCCACCAGCCCUGUCGGCCUGGGUAUCUUCCACAUGGUCGCCAUCGCUGAGGGUGCCCGCCUCUUCCGCGAGACCGAGGCCGGCUAUGACAGCAGCAUCGAUGCCACCGGCAUCUACCCCGGCUUCGACCCUCUGGGCCUUGCCACCGGAGACGAUGCCCAGAUCAAGGACAUGAGGACAAGGGAGAUCAAGAACGGACGGCUAGCAAUGAUCGCCACCGGCGGUUUCCUGCACCAAGCACUGCACACCGGGAAGGGCCCCAUCGCAAACCUGAUGGACCACUUGGCCGACCCCUCUCACAACUGGUACUUCGGCAACUAGAUACGGGACAUUGCUUCUCCAUCCAGGCUUCGCCAGAGCCGUCGAUUCGCCCUGCUGCCGCCCUGACUAAAUAAAGGAAAGCCAAGGGAGGGACGAAACACGAUCAUUUGCACCCUACUUGUCUUCAAAGUAGGAAUGCAGCGAAUAGGAGCGGUUGUAAAGUCUUGAGUCGUUCGAGUUGGUCACUGGGGCGGGUUCCGUGUUUGUGGGGGCCUGCCCGUCCCGCCAAAGGUCACCGUGAUGCGCUUUGUACAGAAGACGAUAUUGGUCGCGAGCAGUUCAUCAAUGGACAGACGAUUUGCGUAAUGAUGAGAGUAACCGUCGAAUCCGCGGUCCACGAGUUAGAUCCAAGCGACAUUCAACACUUGAACAACUGUCGACCAACACAUAGCGAUGGCCUUCGCAUCUGUAUGUUGUGCCGUUCACACAUCUGACAAAGGCCAUCAUACCGGACCAGGCCCAUUGAGUGAACAUCGACCCCCGGCAAUCUCGUCCUAGCCCUAGCAUAUGCCUUUGCUCGGAGCGUGAAAGAGCGGCACUUUCACUCCGAUUUAGAUAGGACUUACGACUAUUGCGACUCUCGCGUUUGACUCUGCUCGGAGCGUGAAACCCCUGCCAGUUUCACUCCGAUUUCAAAUUUUGCCUGCGCC